AUGUCUGAUAUCGACAAUGAAUCUUCCGCUGCUUUUUUCUCUGAUGUUAUUCAAUCAACUGGAUCUCGUCGCUCAUUAGAUUCGAACUUGGAAACGUUGUUAAUUAACAUGGCAAAAUUAUUUUCUCAACAAUUAGUCCAAAAGUCGGCUGAUGCAGCUCGAUUGCGUGCAUCUAAUGAUGCAAAUUCUAAUGCUACAAACACAUCCUCAAUAUCAACAAAAAAUUCUAUUAUGGUUGAAGAUAUUCGUUUUGUAUUAAGACACAAAUGGCGCAUGUCUGAAUACGGUCAACCUCAAGUUCAUUCUCGUAUCAACGGUUCAAUGCUUUCACAAUUUGUGAAUAAACCAGUUUGUGUUAUUGGUGAAGUUAAAAAUAUUGAUCCAUCUGGUGAGCAUAUCGAAAUCGAAGCGAGUGAUAAAAAGAAUAUUACUGUUAUUCAUCUAAAGACACCGUUAGAUUCCGAUGCAAAAAUCGUUGAAAUUACUGGUAUGGUCGAUGGUCGUAAUCAACUCGUCUGUGAUACGUGUAUAACGUUUACAGAUGAACAAUGUCAAAAUUUUGGUCUAUUAGCAGUAGCUCGAACUAAACCUAUUACUUCAAUCAUUCGUCGUGCGCAAUCAACAACAGCAGCAUCGUCGACAAAUACAAAUCUUCCUGCACCAAAUGUAAUGAAAAUCAAUGUUGGACAACGUCAACAAUUAACAGAUUUUGGCCAAUAUGUUGCCGAAUGUUUACCAAAAUUUGUUCAACAUGCGCAAAUGACAUCAACAAAUGAGCUCGAAAUACUUAUUCAUCCAGAUGGUAUUACUCCAGUUAUCACAUUUCUCAAGGAUCAUACAAAUGGACAGUUUGUUUCACUAGCUGAUAUAACAGCGAUUGACGUUCCAACGCGUGUUUAUCGAUUUGAAAUUUGGGAUAUGUAUGGUAUCUAUUUUGUUAAUCAUCCAGACUUACGUCGUAUUCUGACAGAUUAUGGUUUUGAAGGGCAUCCAAUGAGAAAAGAUUUUCCAUUAUCGGGCUAUACCGAAGUUCGAUAUGAUGAAGAGGUAAAACGUGUUGUUAUUGAACCCCUCGAACUCACUCAAGAUUAUCGUAAAUUUGAUUUGUCAAGUCCUUGGGAAGCAUUCCCAAAAUUUCGUUCAACUCCACAUGAUACGAAGCAACAAGAUCAGCAGCAGAAACUACCUUCAUCCUCACAAGAUCAAAAGAAACCGGAAGAAAAGAAAUAG